AUGGCAGCUAGGCUGUUACGAGACCCGGACGCGGAUGGGUGGGAGCGGUCGGAUAUGCCCAUAGUCUGCGAGACUUGCCUCGGUCCCAACCCUUUCGUCAGAAUGCAGCGGAUCGAGUUUGGUGGAACCUGCCACAUCUCCGGUCGGCCGUACACGGUUUUCCGCUGGCGUCCGGGCAACGACGCCAGGUACAAGAAGACGGUUAUUUGCCAGGAAGUCGCCAAAGCAAAAAACGUCUGCCAGGUCUGCCUGCUGGACUUGGAGUAUGGCCUGCCGGUUCAGGUCCGCGACACGGCGCUAGGCAUUAAGCCGGACGACGAGCCGCAAUCGGACGUCGGGAAGGAGUACAAGCUGCAGAUGGCAGUGACGGAGGGCAGCAACGCAUCAUCCUUUACCACCACUCGGCCAAACGAAAUGCUGCAGAAGCUACAGCGUACGGCACCGUACUACAAACGCAAUCAAGCGCGGGUUUGCACGUUCUUUGCGCGGGGCCAGUGCACUCGCGGUGCCGAGUGCCCCUACCGCCACGAGAUGCCCAUCACGGGGGAGCUAGCCAACCAGAACAUGAAGGACCGCUACUACGGCGUCAACGACCCCGUGGCGAACAAGAUGCUGCGUCGCGCUGAUGAGAUGGGCAAGUUGAACCCUCAGGAGGACACGUGA